UUUUUUGCCGGUUUGCUGACACGUCGCGUGCAAUUUGGCCGUCGGUUGAUGAAAAGUACCUCAGACACGUUGGGAAACUGUUAUCUUCCGGCGUUUUCCUGUCCGUGUGUAAUCACUCCGCGUGGCCACAUUACACUUUUGGUCAAGUGGGCGAAGAUUUUAUCGGUAGUAGUCGAGAGAGGCCCUGUGAAGAACACCUUUCUGUCCCGUUGUGGGGGCACCUGGGCACGGCGUCCUCUCUCAGGUAAAGCAGAGGUGAAGAGGCUGGGCUCCUGUGAAACCUCCGUGUGGUGUGGUGGCUUUGAAGAAGAAAAAAAAAAACUACAGCAAAAAAGAUAAAAACGUCUGAAAACAGACCCGUUUGCAGAAAGACUUCGUCUGUGAGCCGUGAAGCUGUUCUUCGAAAGUGACACGGCCUGUUCACGAGUCCCUCGGUGUGUAAUACCCAGAUACAGAGAUGGCGACGGUGAGUGAUUCACGCUUGCAGCAACAGCCCUCUCAGAAGGAUGCAGCUGAUCAAAACUUUGAUUAUAUGUUCAAGCUUCUCAUCAUUGGCAACAGCAGUGUCGGCAAAACCAGCUUCCUUUUCCGCUACGCUGAUGACUCCUUCACUUCGGCUUUCGUCAGCACCGUGGGCAUCGACUUCAAGGUCAAAACUGUUUUCCGCAACAACAAGCGGAUUAAGCUGCAGAUCUGGGACACAGCCGGACAGGAGCGCUAUAGAACCAUCACUACAGCUUACUACAGAGGAGCCAUGGGCUUCCUGCUAAUGUAUGAUAUUACCAACCAGGAUUCUUUCAAUGCUGUACAAGACUGGGCUACUCAGAUUAAGACCUACUCAUGGGACAAUGCCCAGGUAAUUUUGGUGGGUAAUAAGUGUGAUUUGGAAGAUGACCGACUCAUUCCAACAGAAGACAGCCAGCGACUGGCUGAUGAACUAGGAUUUCAGUUUUUUGAGGCAAGUGCCAAAGAUAACAUCAACGUGAAGCAGGUGUUCGAGCGACUGGUGGAUGUGAUCUGUGAGAAGAUGAAUGAAACUAUGGAAGGAGACGGUGGUCCACUCGCCAAUCACAAAGACCCCAACUUACAGGACUCCAUCGCCGAGGGACACAGCAGCUGUGCCUGCUAAAGGCCAGCCCCCUCCACAUCUGUUCAACUUGUCUGUAUACCCCUUGCAUCCCCCUUCUCUUGUGCCUAUAUUUGCACAUUACAGAUGGAAGGUUAAAAUUUCAGGCCAGAUUCACUGUGUGAUGAACCAGUAGUGGUGAGGUUUAUACUUGAGUAUACUUGAUUUGGGUUAAAGUGUGAAUUCAUAUUCAGGAAACAUAAGAGCUCCCUCACUUUCUCCAGAUACAAGGUAAAUCCAUGCCUUGUUUUUCCUGAAUUAGCCAUCUGCCAAAAUGAUACUGUUAUACUGUAACUUUACAUGAAUUUGACAAAACAAGUUAUAUGAGUACAAUAGCCAUUAAGCAUGACAAGACAGAAAAGGGGGAUUCCCUUAUCCACUAUCUAUUAUGGAUUUGGCAGGUGAGACUGAGUUCAAAGUUAAGAAAAUGAUACAUUUUCUUUGUACCCAAAUUAGGCCGAGUGUGUCCACACUAGCUCUUAAACCUUCCAACCCUUUCUGCAACUCGUAUCUCCCUUCGCAUGAGUUCAGACCACUGAAUAGCUACACCAAACCUAGAUAUGCGGCAGCUGCCAGAGGUCCCUCUGCUAACAGCUAGUAGAAUCAUCCGUUCAUCCACACCCAUCCAUUCUCUGGCCAUCUUGCACUCAACAACCCCUAUCCUGAGCUCACUGCCACGCCUCUUUAUCCCUCUGCCCGUCUCAAAGGCUGCAUCUUGGGAGAAAUAUCUGGCUUGGCCCACAAUGGACAUGUUCUUGUCUCAUGUGCUAGAUAGCCCCAUGUUCAAUCGACACUGCAAUGCUGUACCCCACUUGGCCAGUGUUAUGUGUCUCUUUUGACUUAAAUUGUAGCUUUAAAGGCUUAAGAUAAAUGUUCACAUACAUGCACCAGUGUUCUGGGAGUUGUUGGAUUGCAUAUAUACAUGAGUAAUAUCAAGAAAGUAAAAAAUCCAGAGUAAUAUGAUCAUUUCACAUCAAAUUAUUGGAACCGAAAUGGUAAAAUGCACAAAAUAAUGAAUUGCUACAUGUGAAUAAUUGGGCACAUUUUUCACUGAACUUUUGCCUUACUUUCCUUGUGAACUUGUGAACCUCACUACAGACUACCUAAAACUCGUUUUGUUGUUCUGUUUAUUUUUGUCACCAGGCUCAUAUUACAUUUAAUUUCUCUGGUUUGUACUUGCCUUUUUAAUUAUAAAGUAUUGACCCUAUUCCUGUUACCAUAUUACCUUUCAAUAAUGUGUUGAUAUAGAUUUUUCAAAAGACACAUGGACAGUUUGGUGAGAACAUUGACUGCUCCACUGUACUUGGCUUAGAGAGGAGUGUCCUAAUUCAAGAACCAGAGGUCAUUCAGUCUCUGCUCAUCUUUACAUUUGUACAAAUGAGGGCAUCAGUUUGGAAGAAUGUACAUAUCGCCAGUUACCAUCAUUUGUAACAAAUACCAGACUUAAAUUAAAAUACCUUGUUACAACCUGGUAAGAGUGAUAAGACUGGAACUAGAGAAGACUCUGUACCAUCUUAUCCAAUCCACGCCCCUUCCCUCUCUCAUUCUAUCACUCGCUCCACAUACAGCGCCAACUGUCCGUUAUGGUCAGUUGGUGCCUCUCAGUAGAGAUACUCUGGUCUCACGUGUUUUGUUUUUUCUCCAUAUGAUCUCUUUUAAUUCGUUAAUUAUCCCCUCUCUGACCCGAUUCUUAUUGUUUUGUGAACCGUACCAUGAAUGUUAUUUGGGUGCCCUGUUAAGGUGUUAGAAACCUGAUUCACUUUUUGUUAACACUAGCUCUUCUGUGUUUAGCCCUCUUUCUUUUCAUGCUUUAAAAACUUCUUAGAAGAGGUGUCAUGUUGAGUAUUUAGAAGAGAAUCCUGUAUUUAUUCAAAGCCUCUGCGUCCACUAUUGCAAUGGGACACUCAAGUCUAUAUUCACUAUUAGUGCAGUAUUGAAGGCUGGCUGUAUGUUGAUUUCAGGCUCAGAGACUGUGGUAUCCCAAUUCAUGGGCUUCAAACUCCAGUCCUGGAAUUUUAGAGACCAGCACAGUUCUGUGAUUUCCCUGCUUAAAUUCACCUGAUUAAACUUAAUUAGUUAGCAGUUAGUUACAAGGUUUCGGUUCUGUUUGAGUCACCAAACUGUGCUGGUAUCCAGCCUUCCAGGGCCAGAACUGGACACGCUUAUCCUAAUUCUCUGAUAGUGAAGUGUGCUAACCAGAGCAAGCUACCAAACAGAAGCACCUUGUGUCUUGUAUCCAUUUGGUGUUUUAAACCUGAAGUUGCUUUGUUGUCUUUUUUUCUGGCCAGAGGUAUUUAAAGAGGUGUAGAAAUAAAUGUAUGGACUGUUUGCAAAAUAAAAAUUAUUGAUGAGAUUGA